CGCACUCGUUUCGAUUCACUCCACUUUCUCGUCACACUCGGUGCAGUGCGUGACCUGCUCCGUGCCGGACCGGGAGGCGUCGGGGCGGAAACGAACCAGACGUGCACCGCUGCAUCUAACUCCUACCGGACCUUCUGGUUAUACACUUUUUUUUGGGAGGGGAGGGGAGGGGGGGUCUGUCUCCUCUCCAUUGGUCCCGGUGCGCCCAGAGCCAGCAGCUCCGCCACCCAUCAGUCAGCGCGCCGUCAGCGGAGGAUGCUGCCGCGGCUAACAGCCCGGUGGUAACGUUUCCACGGAGUACCAGAGGGUGACCCGCCCCUGUCCGGACGGGUCCAACCUCUCCCGGACUCCCGCCGCCUCUGGAGGACGUGGUGCGCUGGUCACGACUGUAAAACUGGACUCAGAUUGUGGGGAACUGAGGGGACCACUGCCACCGUGACUGGAUUGUUUAAUUCCUCUUUAAGUGUUUUUAAUUAUAUAUUUUUUUUUAUUUUAAAACAUCGUUCUGGUGGAUUUUUACUAGUUUUUAUUUUUAUUAUUUUUAUUUUUUUUCCCUUCGGAGGCGGCUCCGUCUGGAUACCGAGGAGGACCAGAGCCUUUAGCCCGGGCGGGAGCGUUCAGAACCGUGGAACCGUGGGGCUCCGUACCGAUCCAGAGCGUUUUUUUUUUUCUGGCAGAGGCAUGGCGGUGCUGAGGUGGGAUGUUCUGCCGUUCAUGGCAGCCAUCCUGAUGGUUUCCCACUGCGGAGGACCCACAGACAUCUUGUAUAAAGUGUAUGAGGAGCAGCCGCCCAACACGCUGAUCGGCAGCCUGGCGGAGGAUAAGGGCCUUCCCGAUACCAGACACCUCUACAAGUUGGAGAUUGGUGCUCCGUACCUGAGAGUGGACGGUAAAACCGGUAACAUCUAUACCACUGAUAUCCCCAUUGACCGCGAGAUGCUGGAAAACUGCAACUUGUUUGAGGAAGAUAAAUGCUUCCUGGAGAUUGAGAUGUCGAUCACUGAUAUGGUAAAAGGGAUCGGCUCGGGGCCACGGCUGAUCGAAGGUCUCAUUGAGGUUCUGGACAUCAACGACAACACACCACAGUUCUCCUCGCCCAUCCUCACCCUGUCAAUUCCAGAGAACACACUAAUCGGUGCUCUCUUCGCCAUCCCCAUGGCCACUGACAGGGACUCUGGAUCCAACGGCGUGGCUGAGUACUCCCUAAGCACGGGACCGGACGCUGACCAGCUCUUUGGUCUGCAGGUCGCCCUGGACACAGACGAGAAGCAGCCACAGCUGGUUGUCAUGGGCAACCUGGACCGGGAGAAGAAGGACUCAUAUGACCUGAACAUUCGAGUUGUGGAUGGUGGGAACCCGCAGAGGGCAAGCAGUGCUCUUCUGCGGGUUACUGUGACUGACCAGAAUGACAACCAGCCAAAAUUCGAGAGGAGUCACUACGAAGCGGAAUUACCAGAGAACAGCCCACCGGGUCACUCAGUGCUGCAGGUCAGAGCCAAUGAUGCUGACACCGGAAUCAAUGGAGAGAUUGAAUACAGCAUACAUCAGGCAUCCGAAGCUGUCCAGAGGCUCCUACGUAUCAACCGUACUACAGGCACCAUUCACGUCAAAGGCUUGGUGGACAGAGAGGAUAUCAGUGUCCUCAGGUUCUUUGUAGUUGCCAGAGAUCGUGGUCCAAAUCCAAAGAGUACCAAGGUUCCUGUGAUUGUCAGUGUCAAGGACCUGAAUGACAAUGCACCAUCUGUCGAGAUCCGCAGCAUUGGUUUGGUAGUCCUUCAAGAUGGUGUGGCCAACAUAUCUGAGGAUAUGCCCGUUGGUACACCAGUAGCACUGGUCCAAGUGUCAGAUCGUGAUGAGGGGGAAAAUGCUGUUGUGACCUGUGUGGUUGCUGGAGAUGUCCCAUUUCAGCUUCGACCUGUAAGUGACUCAAAUAAUGAUCGGAGAAGAAAAUACUUCCUGCAGACAACAACUCUGCUAGAUUAUGAACGUAUUAAAGAUUACAGGAUUGAAAUAGUUGCUGUGGAUUCUGGAAAUCCAGCGCUGUCCAGCACCAACUCCCUUAAAGUUCAGGUCACAGACAUGAAUGACAACACACCGAAUUUUUCUCCUGCACUGCUUGAAGUAGACUUUCCAGAGGGCAACCAGCCAGGCGACAAAGUUCUUGAUGUCAUGGCCUCAGAUGCAGACAGUGGUAGUAAUGCAGAGCUGGUCUAUAGCAUCAUUGAGCCCUCAGCUACCAGACUGUUUGAGGUUGAUGCCAAAACCGGGGAAGUUCGUGUAAAAAACAUGUUGGAUCGAGAGGAGACAGAGCGUUUUGAGUUCCGUGUGGCAGCUGCAGACAAAGGUAUCCCAAGUAAAACUGGAACUGCUACAGUGGUGGUAAAUGUUCUAGACCGAAAUGACAACGACCCAAAAUUCACUCUAAAUGGCUACAGCUUCUCCGUCAUCGAGAACAUGACUCCAGGAAAUCCAGUUGGAGUAGUGACUGUCACUGAUGCAGACAAGGGGGAGAAUUCCAAAGUUAAAAUUUCUGUAGAACCAGACAAUGGAAAUUUUCGCAUCCAAGAUGGCACUGGAACCAUCUUGUCAAGCAUCUCGUUUGACCGAGAGAAGGAGAGCACCUACACCUUCCGUCUAAAGGCGGUGGACAGUGGUGAUCCACCUCGUUCCUCAUAUGUUGGCGUGACCAUCAAUGUCCUGGAUGAGAAUGACAAUGCCCCCUACAUCACAAAACCUGCUAACUCAUCCUACAAAUACCUGUCACCUGUCACACCACCAGACACUAGCAUCGCAGUUGUUGAAGCCGAGGACAUGGAUGCUGGACCCAAUGCUGAGCUGCAGUAUUCCAUCACAGGUGGAAACCCCUAUGGCCUGUUCCAAAUUUCACAGAGCAGUGGGGAGAUAACGCUGGCACAGGAAUUCACUGGAAAGCACAAUGGACUACAUCGAUUGGUGGUGAAGGUCAGUGACCGAGGCAAACCUCCUCUCCACACCACUGCUCUGGUCCAUGUAUUUAUUAAUGACACCAAUUCUAACACCUCCCUUAUCGAGGCACUGGUUGGUCACAGUCUCUACACACCUCUAGACAGAGACAUUGCAGGAGAUCCCAACUACUCCUACAGUUCCCGCAGCAAUGUUUGGUAUGCCGUCCUUGCAGGUGCUGCUGGUGUUAUUCUGGUCAUUGUAGCUGUAGUGGUUAUCCGACACUGGCUGCAGAAGGAUACCAAGAGUGGUUACCAAGCUGGCAAGAAGGAGAGCAAGGAUUUGUACGCUCCUAAGCAGGGCCCAAAAAAUGGCAAAGUGAAAAAAGGCAAGAAAAACAAAGCUCCAAAACCCACCAAACCACUGGAGGAGGAUGAGGAGGCCAGCCUUCAAAAAGGCCUCAAAUUCAACCUCAUUAAUGAUGUCAAUGACAGUCCCAGAAUCCACCUGCCUCUUAAUUACCCCCCAGGAAGCCCUGAUCUGGGCAGACACUAUCGGUCCAACUCUCCCCUGCCAUCUAUCCAACUGCAGCCCCAGUCACCCUCUGCCUCCAAGAAGCACCAGGCUGUUCAAGACCUCCCUGCCACCAACACCUUUGUAGGAACUGGCGACAACAAUUCCACUGGUUCCGACCAAUAUUCGGAUUACAGCUACAAGGCCAAUCCACCCAAAUACAACAACAAACAGCUUCCCCACAGACGAGUGACCUUCUCCACUUCCAACCAGGCUCAAGAUCUGCAGGAUGCAUCCCAGCACAGCUACUACGACAGCGGCCUGGAAGAGUCAGAGACCCCCAGCUCCAAGUCAUCAUCAGGGCCACGGAUCGGACCACUGGCUCUGCCAGAGGACCACUACGAGAGAACCACACCCGAUGGCAGCAUUGGCGAGGUGGAACACCCGGAGAACGACCUCAGGCCUCUUCCCGACGUGGCGAUGACUGGUAACUGCACCCACGAGUGCACCGAGUUUGGCCACUCUGACUCCUGCUGGAUGCCCGGCCAGCCUUCUCCCAACCGCAAGGUUUCUAAAAGCACCCCCAAGCUCUCCACCUUUGUGCCUUAUCAGGAGAUGGAUGGACAGGAGCAUCUGAUGGCGAAUGGCAGCCCCAAGCCCAUGAUGACAGAGGAGCGUGGACCGGGUGGUGGCGGCGCCGGUGGAAACAACUCCAAAGUGGCCAACAUGAGGUUCAUGACACCCUACAGCAGUGCCUACCCCAGGAGCGGAGACUCGUCUGGUAAAGACUCUGGGCUGGAGGAGAUCCCGCUGAGCCAGGCGGCGGAAUGCCACUCAGCCACCACCCCUACUGGCCAGACCUCCAAGAGGGAGAUCUACCUGUGAGGGUGCACCUCUCCAACUUUAAACACCACCUCUGUUCCUACCGUUUCUCAGCUCACAGUGCUUACCGCCUCACCUUCCUACCCCUCUACAGUCGCUCCCUGUGCCUAUAACUUACUGUCCAGCAGCACUGACUCACCCUCCCUCCUUCUCCAUUUUUAUAUCUGCAUCACCGAACAAGGCUUUAGACCCCCACCUGUCACAGCUGCCGCCACCCCUUCUAGAACCCAAUCAAAUGUAAAAUAAAAAUGAAAGCUGAAGAAGUCACACGGUUUUUGCUGCUGUGGAAGGAAUGGAAACUACACCGCAUCGUUGGGACGAGUCGUGGGAAACUAUUUAGCUACUCACGUACUGGAGUUUAAGUUUUGUGCGUUCCGUUAAGCUGUGGUGGAACUAAAAGAUCUUCUGGGGGGAAUCGAGGGGAACAAACUUCAUGUAAAUCCUACUUAAGUAUACUGUGUAAUCCUAUCUAUUCUCAGUUUUUUGUCGGACUGGAAUUUUGGUUGAUCUAACUUUUGUGUGGCAACUCCAGAGGCUGUAUGGUGACAUUUUUAGACCAACAGCUCUUGAUGAAGACAUUUGUAGAAAUGCAGAUGUUUUCUACACAAUCACUGGAGUUGUAGGCUUUCAGUUCUGUAUUUAGUUUUCUUUUUUUCUGUUCUGAGGUAUUUUUCAGUGUACAGAGAUGUAAAUACUACAAACAGUGACAAAGGAAACCUCUGUGGAUCCCAGACCGUUGUGCUGCAGAUCUUCACCUAACGUUGUUUUGAUAGACUGAAGAUCUGACGUCACGGUGUUUUAUCAAGUCGCUGCAGGAAUCUGGACUCUGGAGCAUCACCGACGGUGCCGAGUUACAACCACGAGCCUUUUUCUGUUCCUUUUUCUUUCUCUACAGCUCACAACACGCUGGAGUUUGAUUUUGUGAGGGGUGAAAAUACCACAGGUACACCAAAACCAGUUUGUUUUCAAGACGUAAAAUAAACCUGAUGUUCUUAGAGCUUCAUCAGACUCAUCAUGCCCAUGCUGUCAUCAAUAGUCUAUCAUAAUUCAAUAAACAUAAAGAUGAACACUUUUAAUAGUUUAAUUCAAAUUAAAGUUUCCACACAUGAACAGA